UUAACCCUUUUCUUCCCUUCUCCCCUUUAGCAAGCUCCGAUGAGUAAGGGAGAGACCAAACGAGAGAACUGUAUGAAGACAGAGCUGUUGAAAGACAUCACCAACAAUAAAGAAGAAGGAUUUAAUGCUAUGGCCGCCGGCGAUGGCGCCAUAGACAAGCAAGUUGGGGAACUCAAGAUGGCUCCCGAUGGUGAGACCAAUGGCUCCUUGGAGUGCAACGAAUUCAAGAGCCACCCCAGCGUAGCCAAGAACACUCAGGACAAUGCAAAAUUGAGCCAAGGGGACUCGGUGGCCAAGCUGAGCCGGAUAGCAGAAAACGGAUUUUCUGAACGAGACGGGGAUGCCGGGAAGCCAAACCACCUCAAGGCCAACGACUUCACCCAGACCACGGUGACGGGCAGCAAUGGGUACAUUUUGCCCAAGCAGGCGGCUCAGGACCUGCCCGUCAGGACUUCGAACAGUGGCUUUGCUGCCCUGCCAGGACACGCCGCAAAGACCCUUCCCGCCGGAGGGAGCAAGGGGAGAACUUUGGGCCCCUUUAUGCAAGCGCAGGGCUCUCUCCCGGCCAAGUUUGGAGACGGGGGCGGCAAGGACCCGGAAGCUAAAAAAACAGGCGGGAUCAAGGUGCACCGAGCCCGGAAGACCAUGCCCAAGUCUCCAUCUCACCUGCAUACCAACAAAGACCCCAAAGAAACACGGACGCCUAAGGAAGACGGCAGCAAAGCCGUUCUGGAAUUCGGAAAGCCCGCCUCACUGUCCUCCAUCCCCGGCCUUCACUCAUCUCUACCUCAGAAUCAGAGCUACGUGGGCGCCUCAAAAUCACAGACAGCUACUUCAGUAUCUCGGAAGAAGAAACGAAGGAUGGGAACGUAUAGCCUGGUUCCCAAGAAGAAGACCAAAGUUUUAAAGCAGAGGACGGUGAUUGAGAUGUUCAAAAGCAUCGCUCAUUCUCCAGGCGGCAAGGCUGAGAAGGACGAGGGCCGCCCCCACAUGAACGGGGAACGAUUGGAGGUUGAUUCCGAAGAAGACGACUCCGAUGAACUGGAGGAAGAAGAUGAACGCGGAGCUGACCAGGUCGCCACGUUUCCCAUGGAGGAGAACAGAACCGCUAACGAAAGAGACUCGGCGGACCUUAGCAAUACCAGAAAGAUGGUGGACGGAGAGUCGGAGGAGGAACAAGAUUCUGCGGACUCUGUUGAAGAAGAGGAAGAUGGCGAUGAAUCGGACUUGGCCUCAGCGGAGGUCUGCUCUUGGUUGCCAGGUGCCAAGGCCAAGGUGCGGUCCAGACAGGCAUGGCCAGAGCUGGAAGAAGCAGGACAGAAGCAGGCCCAUAGCCCAGACAAACCCUGCCCAGGGCCGAGUUCUGCAGGAGGCAAG